CCUGUUUGUCAUCGUCUGCUCUUUGACUGUUGGUGCCUGCCCAUUGUUCGUACAGUCAAUUCUAUAUUCCCGUCGUCACGUCAACUCACCGGUUAGCGCUCAUAGUGCGAGAAUAAACGGCGUAUGACAGAGACAGCGCUCACUCGUGGUUAUUGAAAUCCAGAUAUUCUGCGGUUUCGCUGAGUCUCUCACUGUCUUGGUGAUAAUGUCAAGUGUUUGAGUCAUGGAUCUAUGGCGUCCAAGUGACUGGAGCCGCUUGACUUCACCGUCUUGGGAUUUCCAGGCCACAAAUACGAGGCACGUACCUCCAACCAAACUGCCAAGUCACGAGACAAUCUCGCGAAAACGGCGACUCGUCAAUGAUCCGUUUGAUUCACGAGCAGACAAGCAUGAUGAUGAUGUUGAAGAUGAUGGCGUCUGUAGACGGUGGACGGGAGGUGUUCAAAAUCAGCCGACGUGGUCGCCUUCGACUCUGAUGCGUUCGUGGGGAGGCAACGCGACGAUUGCUACGGGAGUCGGAGGUCGUUUGUUGCCCUAUUUGCCGUCUCACCGUGUGGGUGUACACGUGGAGAUCGAGGAGAAAAAGGGCCGGACUAAGACCGGAGAUGAGGCUUGGAAAUUUACCCCCAACCGGAAAUUGUCAGAAAAGGAUGAAGCGGGGAGCCAUGUAGCAACCACUGAAAAGACUGAUGUGGAUGAUAGCAGUAGCAGGGGCAAUAGAGCGAAGCAGAACAAAUCAAGCAAUAUUAGGAAAAAGGUCGUACCAAAGGUUAUUUCAACUGUCUCUAAGCCAAAGAGGAAAACAUACAAACCUAGAGCUGCAGCAACAGGGAGUUCUCCUUUGAAAACAAGUAGACCCUCAGGAAUAGCUAGACUUCCUCCUUCUGCAAGAGAAAAUAUCCCUAAAUGUGGAUGUGAAGGGUCUGAUUAUGGGCCAUAUUACUCACACUUGGGUACGGCUUCCAACAAAGAUGAACUUCGUCAAAUGCUGCUAACUAGGUUUGGAUGCUCCCAAACUCAAUUGAGGAUGGUGGAGGUAACGUUUACUGGAAGGGAAGCACUAACCAAGCAAGGCUGCCCUACUGCUAAGUGGAUUAUCAGGCAAACUGGGCCUGAGGAGAAGUUUCUUGUUGUGUAUCGGACACGAGAGGGUCAUAAAUGCAGCACUGCACUUAUUGUCAUUAACAUUCUGGCGUGGAACGGACUUGAUUUCAUCAAGGCUACUCAUGCAUAUGACAAGUUGAGAACGAUGCUGUCUGAUUGUGGGAUGCCGACAGAGAGAAGAUGUAGCAAGAAUGAAAUGAAGACUUGCAGCUGCCAGGGCGAAGAUGUAUCUGAUUCCGGUGCGUCGUUUUCAUUUGGGUGCUCGUGGAGUUUGUUCUUCAAUGGCUGCAAGUUUGGUCGAAGCUAUAGUCCUAGAAAAUUCAAAUUGGCUAACCAAUCCAAGGAAUCUGAGUUGGAGGAUCUGAUGCAGGACCUUGCCACUGAGGUAUCUCCUAUGUAUGAAAUGUUGGCUCCUCAGGCAUAUGCAAACCAAGUCACAACUGAAGAUGUGGCAUCAGCUUGUCGGUUAGGGAAGAAACCUGGUCGGCCAUUUGCUUCUGUCACUGCCUGUUUAGAUUUCUCUGCUCAUAGUCAUUAUGACAGACAUAAUUUAGACAACGGAGCCACUGUAGUUGUUAGUUUACUCAGUAGUUGUCACAAGUCUUCAGUUGACAAUGAUGAGCAGCUUCAUGUUCUUCCUCUGUACAAGGCUACAUCAGUGUCAGAGAGAGAUCUACAAGGUCUCGAGCUGAACAAAAAGUAUGAGACAACAGAACUGGGUUCAAGCCCUAAGCAACCGGAAGUCAGUCAUGCACAACAGAGUGACGUGUCAACUAGUGGACAUGUAUGGGAUGCUGGCAUACCAUUAUUAUGUAAACAUGACUCUCAAGUGUCUGGGACUUCUUGUGGGAUGGAGAGUAGAGAGCAUCAUUUGUCUCCUGUGAACAGUGAUUCUUCUGGACUAGGAAGCAGUUUAGAUAGUGUUGGUAGUGUGUUACCAUCAUUUGAUGAGUCUGGUGUGCUGACUGACUUGCCAACAUUGGGGGGACUGUCAUAUGAUGACUAUGGCUAUGAUGGUGACACGUCACAGGCCGAGUGGACCGACAAUGCUCUCAGUCAAGAUGAGACUCUCUUUCCUGAAAUUUCGUUGAUUGGAUGUGUAGACAAUGUACUGAACGACAAGACUCCUCCUGCGUCUGGUGAUGGCUGCUCCAUGCAUCCUUCUGUAGAACCUUCUACUACAGAGCACAAGACAAAAGCGCUUUUGCUGCCAGAUGAUAAGUUGCCGGCUGAAGGUGUGGCUCUUGGUCUUACUCAUGGGUCCUUACUAAUUGAGUGCGCUAAGAAGGAGCUUCAUGCCACAACUGCUCUCAAAAGACCAAGUCGAUUAAACCCGAGUCGAAUCAGCCUUGUGUUUUAUCAGCAUAAAAGUCUUUCUUUGUCUAAUCAUGGAUGGGAAGAGGCAAAGGAGAAAGUGGCUGAAUGGCAGAAAAGGAAAGAGGCAAGACAACUGGCAAGCAACAGUAACAACAACAACAACAGCCAAGGUGACAGCAGUGUAAGUGACAGUCAUCGAUCAAGCACACGGACAGUGCACCCUGCAAAGUCUCUUUUUCCUUUGAAGAAACCACAAAAAGAGUCUUUCAUUGCUGUUCCUAUGGAGCGAACAUCCCUGCCUGAAAGUAAGUGGAUAUUGAGUGGACACGCCAAUAGCAACUUACGUAAUCUUGAACCUGGGUUGCCAACAUGUUAUCCCUUUCAUCCUUAUCAUGUUAAUUCAUUGGGUUAUCAUCCAGCAUAUUCUACUGCAUAUGCUCAAGUUCAACCUGCAGUUUACACAUCAACUCAACGUCCUGUUAACUUACCAGGUCGUCAUGUAGCUUACCCACUGGCUCAGUAUAGUGCUUUCCCUACAGCUCAGCUUAGUGAUUAUCCUAGAGCUCAGGCUGCUGCAUACCCGUCUGCUCAACCUGUUAGCACACCAGCACAGUCUCCUGUCAACUUGCCGGGUCAGACUACUGCCAGUUCACUAGCUCCACAAUAUUACUUGCCAGCUCAGUAUUCUGCCAAUUUAUCAAAUCAGCAAUUUGCGUACUCUCAAACUCAACAUCCCACCAACUUGCCUUUGCAACGUGUUGCUUAUUCUCAAGCUCAACCUUUUACCUACAUGCCAGUGAAGCCUGUUGUUUACUCUCCAACUCAACCUCUCUCCAGUGUGUCAAUGCCACCUGCUACUUCAUCUCUAACUCAACCUUCUGCCAAUGUGCCAGUGCAACAUGUUGCCUACUCUCCAACUCAAUCUUUCAACAACGUGUCAAUGCAGCCUUCACAUUCUUUAAGUCAACCUUUUGCCAAUGUGCAAGCGCAUUCUAUUGCUUACUCACCAGCUCAAUCGUCUGCUAAUGUUUCAGGGCAGCCAGUUGCUUACUCUCCAACCCAACCUUCAGGAAAUGUGUCAGUACAGCAUACUGCUUGCUCUCCAACUCAGCCACCUGCCAACUUCUUAGAUCAGUUGGUGGCGUACUCUCCUUCCCAGCCUGCUGCUUACACUGAUGCAACUCCGUCAUUUGCAAACUCACCAGUUCAACCAGUUGCCAGUCAGCAACUUCAGCAUACUUCCCACCCACCAGCUCAACCUUCUGGAUAUUUUUCGGUUCAGCCUUCUAGCUACUCCACAUUUCAAGAUGCUGCUUUUUCUACAUCUAAACCUGACAACUACCAAACAUUUCAGGCUCCUGUGUAUCAGCCAGUUUGUUCUACUGUGCACUCUUCAACUAAUAUGUCUGUUUACCAUACAGUUCACUCAACUUCAGACUCAUUGGUUGAGAAUUCUGCAUACACUUCAAAUUGUCCUAUUGGGCACAACAAUGUUCAUGUAACAACACCACAUGUGCAACAGAUGCCACUUCCUCUUCAUCCACCCGCUGGCCAUGACACGUCUGUGCUUCAGCAGACAAUUCGGUUAGGACUAAGACAAGAUGUUGGUGCUUAUCAACCUCCUAGUUCAGUGCAAAGAAGUGUACAGCAGUACAGUACGAGUCGUUAUUCUGACCUCAGCAUGUCUUCAGACACUGACUCAGGAAUGUCUGUUAGUGGUGGUAGUAAGCUUGGUGCUCUUGGAUAUAGAGAUCCUGUUCGACACAUUGAUUACUCACAAGUAUUCAACACAGCUGCCCAAGCAACAGCAAUGUCAUCGUUCUCAACGUCAGAAGAGACAACAUCAGAUGGUGACUUGUCACAUUAUGAAGGAAAUGUAUUGAGACAUCAACGACGAGGAGUAGAGAAUGGAUUUCAUAGUCAACGUAGCACCAUAGCUCAACAAACUGGAGAUAAUUCAUCUCAUUCACAAAUGCCAUUGUGGGCUCCCAAGUCCCAGUGGCCGAGAAGCUUUGCUAACCAUCGUCAGAGUACAAGCAGUUGGGAACAGCCACAUGAAGUCAUUAAUAGACUAGAUGACCACACUCAGUCAGAGUGUUUAUCUUCGUCUUCAAACUCACAAUUGCCUUGUUCAUAUGUAUCAACUCAUGUAGCUCAUAGACAGUCACCACAGCUUUAUGCUCAAAAUUCACAGUCUCCAACAUAUGCUGCAAGCAGAAAUGUGCAUGCAUCAAACAAUGUUACAGGAAACCCACCACCCUCCUACACAUCUCUAUUUUCCUCUACCAACGUGCUAUGUCAGCCUUCACACAGCUCUCCUCAUUCUACACUGCAACAACAGACACACAAUCCGUAUUCGUUCUGCUUUGUGCCAUCUGAUGCAAAUAAACUGAACCCUCGGAUGCCAGGAGAUGUUGUACCACUGAGGAAUGAUGUAGGAUCAUCAGUGACUGAUACAUAUUCGAAUUCAUGUCCUAAACCACCAUUUCGGUGCUCAAGUCAUGUUGCAUCAUAUUUGUAAAUCUAAUUUUAAAUCUAAUUUGUUUAUCACAAUAGUUGAAAGUUGUGCACGUUUUGAUUCUUGCAAUUGAUUUUAUUCUGUAAUAUGAAGAGCAGGCUUAUUGAUUAUUUUAGGUUUGAGCAUACAAAGUCAUUGAGAGUAAGUAGUGUAUCAUUCACUCUUACACUUGAUGAAAAUUUUAUCUUCAUAAUGCAACCUGUCAGUUUGAUGAGAAUAAUAAAGUGUAAACCGCACAACA